GAUAUCCGACGGCGAGCACCCGGAAAUCCUGACGCUCGGGCCGGACACGGUGGCGAGUCUGGCGACAGAUGGCUCGGAGUAUAACGCGUCCUCGGGAGCAGCGAUUAACGGGGAGGACGAGCUGGCGGAACUCGUGCGGCUGUCCGAGUUGCUCGGGACGAACGGCACCAACGAGACAACGGAGGAGCGGGAAGCCGAGGUCGUCGUGGUCAGGGCCGAGCAAAAGAGGCCCGGGGAUGCCGAGCAGAAGCGGACCGAGCCUCGAGAGGUCCACCUCGAGACAGAGGAUCAGCAGAGAGAAUGGCCCAAGAGCCCGACUACCGCGCCGGAAUUGAACGACAGCGCAGCCAGGGCGCAGCUGACCGGAAGCGCCGACGACAGCACGGCUGCCAUCCUCGACAGCCUCGUUACAACGGGCCCAGGCAGCAGCGAGCCUCACGAGGAUAUGCCCUCGUUCAACGAGUGGGCCCAGAAACGCCUCGUCGAGGAAGCCGAGAAGAAAAAGACACACCCGAACGCAUCGGUGCAAACGGCAAAUGGUGUGCCGGUCCGCGGCCUCGGGGGUAUACGGAUGCGAUCGAAAAACUACGCGUCACCGGACUGCGGGGCCAAGGUCGUGGCUGCCACUCCGGAGUCCAGUAACGCGCGCAACAUCCUCGUUUCGUCGCGCGACGAGUACAUGCUGAACGCGUGCACGACGCGCGUCUGGUUCGCCGUCGAGCUCUGCGAGGCCAUACAGGCAAGGAAAAUCGACCUCG